UGAUACUAAUGUCCAACCAUCCUAGAGCACGUCCACCCAAUCAAGGCAGAAUGAAAAAUUGGCAGAAAAGCAAGCAUUGGCCCUAUGGCAAAUGGUAGUGACAACAAUCGGGGAGUAGUUGCUGUUGUUUAUGCAGUGAGAUUACUUACCUGGCAGAGAAAGAGGGGUCAUACUAGUGAACCUUGAAGCCACAGCUCCCUUAAAACAUCACUUAUAUCUCACCUCAUGGCCUCCCUUCCAUCCACUGUCCAGCUUGAUGCUUGUACCCUGUGUACAUCACAAGCUCACCCGCGUCAACAAUGUCCACAUAAACGUCUAGCCCAGUCACCACCCGAAGGGCUAUUACACAACGGACCAUUCUACCGCAUUUACGACGACCUCUCCCAGAGUCGGUAUUCACGAGAGAACGGCUUUCUCUGCCGCGAUGAGAACAUCUAUUGGCUUCGCCCGGAACUACGAUUCCCUCGAGACCUGGUGAAGAAGCACCUGGAUUGGACAAAUAGGGAACCGACAUCCUAUAUAUCUAUUUCUGGCUCUCUUGAGAAGGCCCUCGGGGAGUGUGAGAGGCGGUUGGCAAGUCCUGUGUUGGGACGGUUUGUUUCCCGGGGUCAGGUACGAGUGUCGGUUGUUGAAGGGCUGGAAAAGUUGCGGAGAGAAGGGGUGUUUCUUACUUCGCUUGUGGAGUUGCGCAGGACUGGUGUAUUGGGACACUAUGAUGAUUAUGCUUACGGGGAUGAAUGGCUGGUACUGGAUCAUAUUCCGGCUUCGUGUGUUCUGGCAGAUGGCACGGCGGAGCAGUUCAUUGGGAAUUAUCGUCGGGCGUAGAGAAUUUGACAUUAUUGAAUGCUUCAUCACUCUAAUUCUCUGGAGGUAGCAUAGAAACAGAAAACGCCAUCUAAAUCCGCCAACGCCAUCGCCAAUACAAUCCCAAGUAACCCGGAAUAAAUCAUCACAGAUCUUCGCUCUCGUCUCUGAACACCCUCCGCAUUAUCGUGACGAUCAAUGCGAUGAGGACACCGAUGAUGGCGCGGUCUAGCCAGGGGCUGUCUUGCG